CGGGUUCGUCUUUUUUCCUGCGUCCUCGGGGAAGGCCUGGAGCCUGGAGAACUUCUCAGAAGGCCGGAGGCCUUGGAGCCUUCUGAGAAUGCCCGCCCCGUCCGGCCUCCCCCCCAGGCUCGCCGCCCCCAAUUGCCCCACCCCGAAGCCAACCAUGGCCCGCCUCGUCGCGGCGGCGGCGCUGGUCGGCGGCGCCUCGGCCUUCGUCCAGGGCCCCACGGCGCCGCGGGCCGUGGCGGGGCCCCGCUUCGCGGCCGCCCAGGCCGCGCUGCCGGAGGCCCCGCCCGCCCAGGAGGCGGAGGCGGGCUGGGCUUCGUGGGCGGCGCCGCUGCUCGGCGCCGGCGCCGCCCUGGGCCUGGCCGCCUCGCUCGCAGUGGCGCCAGCGAAGGCGAUCACGGCGGAGCAGUUCAGCCAGCUCACCUACUCGCAGGUGCGGGGGUCUGGCCUCGCGAACCGAUGCCCCACGGUCGACCAGGUGGGCACGGAGGUCAAGGUCGUGCAGGGCAGCAGGAUGAAGAACUUCUGCCUGGAGCCGAAGUCUUUCGCCGUCGAGGCCGAGACCGACAAGGGCAAGGAGUUCGUCACCACCAAGCUCACCACCAGGCAGACCUACACGAUCGCGUUCGUCGAGGGCUCGCUGAGCCCCAACCCCAUCACCUUCAAGGAGGAGGACGGCAUGGACUUCCAGGCGACGACUGUGAAGCUGCCCGAUGGCGAGUACGUGCCGUUCCUGUUCUCCUGCAAGUCGCUGGUCGCCAAGGGCGAGGGCAGCUCGUUCAAGCCUGGCUACACCUGGGGCGGUGAGUUCAUGGUGCCAUCCUACCGUACGGGCGGCUUCCUGGACCCCAAGGGCCGCGGCAUGUACCUCGGCUACGACCAGGCCGUGGCCCUGCCCGCACUCCAGGCUGACGGCAAGGAGGGGCAGGAGGAGCUGUUCAAGGAGACAAACAAGGUGUUCGACGUCGGCAAGGGCGCCAUCGAGAUGGAGGUCA